AAAACCAGACAGACACUAGACAGGAUUUUAUAACCAUAUUAAUUGUAACUACGCCGUGCAAGAUUUUAAAAUUAAUUUAUGGACCUCUCAAAUAUUGAGACUUUUCUCGCUGGUGUCCAUUAGGCCUAGGACUUUGUUUAGUAAAUUUAGAUUUAGGUUAGAUCUAGAUAUCUGAUCAAACUAUGGGGCGUAAACGAGAUGCUUUGGAGUCAAAGCCCAAAAGUGGACCUGGAAGGAAAGCAAAGAAGCAGAAACCACCAACCUUUUCAGACUUAAAGUCAGGUGCUGAUAGAAAAAAGAAUCUCAGUCAUAGACAGAAGGAUAGGCUUAAGAAGAGGCAGCUAAAGCAUGCAGCACCUGGGUCUGGUGUGAAACGUAAAGCAGGGCAAGAAGACAAGAGUGGCAAACCAAAAAAACAACCAAAGUUGUUGUUUGGUAGUGAAGAUGAACAGAAUGACUCAGCCUCAAGUGAAUCAGAAAACAGUGAGCAAGAGGACAUGGAGAUUGAAAAAGAUUCGAAAAAGCUGUUGGCGGAGGAGCAAGUUAAUAGUGAUUUGGCCAAGGCUGAGCUGAUGCUAAAUGUACAAUCUCAAGAAAAAUUUACAUUACCAAGUGGUCAAGAAAUUGAGAAAGAAACAAUGCUUCCCCCAGACUUUGCUAUUCUAGAUAACAGAAUUGCCCACAUACGUUAUGUCCUCUCUGACUUCAAAGAGCGUAGGGAACAGGGAAGAUCAAGACAGGAAUACAGCCAACAGUUAAUUAAAGAUUUGUGUGCUCGAUUCAGCUAUAAUGAAUUUUUGAUGACAAAAUUGUUGGAUUUGUUUCCAGUUGAGAUAAUGGAUUUUUUGGAAGCUAAUGAAUACCCCAGACCAGUGACUAUUAGAACCAAUACAUUAAAAACUCGAAGACGUGAUCUAGGUCCAAUGCUCAUUGAUCGUGGUGUUAAUGUUGAACCUAUGGCACGUUGGAGCAAUGUGGGACUCACCGUUUUUGAUACAAAAGUACCAUUAGGUGCUACUCCAGAGUACUUAGCAGGCCAUUACAUGUUACAAGGAGGUGCAAGUUUUUUACCUGUAAUGGCUUUAGCACCACAGGAAAAAGAAAGAGUUCUUGAUAUGUGCGCUGCACCUGGUGGAAAAUCUAGUUACAUCAGUGCUCUAAUGAAAAAUACUGGAUUGCUGUGGGCAAAUGAUGCUAAUAAAGAUAGAUGCAAGGCUAUUGUGUCUAAUUUACAUAGGAUGGGUAUAAUCAAUAGCAUUAUUACCAAUUAUGAUGGACGUGCAAUGCCUAAGGUUUUUCACAGUUUUGAUAGAGUUUUAUUAGAUGCACCUUGCAGUGGAACUGGAGUGAUAUCAAAAGAUGAAGCAGUAAAACUCAACAAGGAUGAGAAGGAUAUUUUUAGAUGUGCUCAUCUUCAGAAGGAACUUAUACUGUCUGCAAUUGAUUGCUGUAAUGCAAACUCAAAAACUGGAGGUUAUAUAGUAUAUUCAACCUGCUCAAUACUUGUUGAAGAGAAUGAGUCUGUUAUAGAUUAUGCUUUAAAAAAAAGAAAUGUUAAACUAGUCCCCUGUGGGCUUGACUUUGGUAAAGAAGGUUUUGUCAAUUUUCAGCAACAUCGAUUUCACCCCAGUUUGAAAUUAACACGCAGAUUUUAUCCUCAUACACACAAUUUGGAUGGGUUUUUUGUUGCUAAGUUACAUAAGAUUAGUAACAAAAUUCCAGAUAAAGGCACCUCUUCACAAGAGACUGAUGAAGUUAUUGUUUCACAAGGUUCACAACUUGAGAAGAGUAAAAAGUAAAUUUAUUUCAGUAUAGGCCUACUGUCAUACUUUUUAAAAAAUAAAGCAAAUGAAUUAGCA